UUCAAUUACGUGACCUACAUGUAACAUGGCGGGUGUUCAGAGCGUCUUCAAAUGGCUGGUGAAAUACGUUCUUGCCUGGCUCUUAGCCCCGUUUUACAUGUUGUCUGCGACAUUCGUGUUCAUCCUAAGCGUUAUCCGCAGCCCUGUGGCGACUCUAAGCUACAGAGUUCGUGAUUCUCCCCCGGCAGUCCUUCAGAACGCAGAGCUGGGCACACAUGAGUACGUGCGGGUCGGCACCAGUAACAUCCGCCUGCACUAUGUCGCCUCUGGGGACAGGGACAAGCCUCUCAUGGUCUGUCUGCACGGCUUUCCGGAGUUCUGGUAUUCAUGGCGUCAUCAGUUAAAGGCAUUCAGUAAGGACUACUGGGUAGUGGCGGUGGAUAUGAGAGGGUUUGGUGACUCUGACAAGCCACCAGCGGCUGGAGAGUACAAAAUUGACAAGAUGGCUGGUGACAUUGUUGACCUCAUCGAAGCCCUUGGCCACAGGUCCUGUACUCUUGUGGGUAAUGAUGGUGGAGCAAUCAUGGCUGCAUGGGUUGCCAUGGAACGCCCCGAUCUCGUGAAAAAGCUAGUCCUCAUGAACGGCCCGGUUAGCCUUUCUGCGGUCCGCCAGUACACCAAGUCACACCCCAAGCAGCUUUUGAAGUUUUGGUACGGUUUCUUCUUCAAGCUGUCCUACCUGCCCGAGAUGUGUUUGGGGUUUAACGACCUCAAGUCUCUUGAUGUACUCUUGCGAGGGAAGAAAAUGGGAUGCCGGAGAGAAGAUGCCAUUACAGAUGAGGACCUGGAAGCUUACAAGUAUGCCCUCUCACAGCCUGGUGCCCUGACAGCAGUGGUCAACUUUUACAGAGCCAGUGGCUCAAAAGAUCGUACCUUCCUAUUGACGCUGGUUAAGAACUGGUUGUCUGGACAGCAGCCGCCUGCUGAGCCAAUCACAGCUAUCAGCUGCCCGUCCCUGCUGAUCUGGGGAGACCAGGACGGUGUCCUGGAUACAGACUUAGCCAGGGCCAUGGCAGAGAGCGUACAGGGCAUGAAGCUGGAAAUCAUUGAAGGUGCAAGUCACUUUGUCCAGCAGGACUUUCCAGACACAGUCAACCGACUCAUGACUGACUUCUUCAAAGAGCUCUAAACUAAAGAUGUAGUUCUCUGCAUAACAUUCUUGUUAGGUAACAAUCCCUUAACAAGAGCUGAUGUUUCAGUGACUGUCUGUCAUCUUCAUCAGGGCUAAUAUGACUGGUUUACUGUGUAAUGAAGCUAGCCUAGGUGUCACAGUGAACCAGUCACAAUAGCAGAUGGUCAUUGAAACAUCGACUCAUGUUGAACAAGUAGUUGUGAACAAAGAACUUUGCUGUUCAAUCUUUAAUCAACCUGAUGAAAUUAUCUACCUAAUUGUAUGAAACUAUCAGGUUCUAGUAGAUGGAUUUUCUGAUAUUAUAAUGUCUGUGGAUUUGAUGAUGGAUUUGAUGUAGAAAGUCAAUAAUUGGAAGAACGCCAUGAUCUAACUAAAAGUUUAUUGGAAGCUCUUACAAGGGUACAUAGUACAUACCACUAUGCUAAAGCAUGAACUUCAAGAUACUUCUUAACAUUGCUACAAAAGCACUCCAAAGGACAAUUGUAUGAGCCAGUUGGCUAUAAUGUCUUUUAUGGGAGGACUCAAAAGAUUUGUAUGAUUAAUUCAUCAACUUAAGUUAUGGGAAUAAAGAAAGCAAAGACAAUACCAGUUAGUGUUUUCCUAUAUAUACUCUGUGGCUGGUUGACAAUCUGCUAUUUCGUGAAAUUAUCAUACAUGUGUAACAAAAGAAGGCUACCAAAUAUUUCACCCCUAGUUUUUCAUCGUAGUGAAAAUAAGCCACUGAAUCCACUUCACUGUAAAAAUCAAAAUGAUCAGUUUUUCUAACAGACAUUUACAGUAGUUCCUACAUUCUACUAAAGCAUAAAAAUACACAUGCAAGUUUGAAGAUACUGUUUUUUCUGGUCCACUCCUUACUGUCCACAUUUUACCGGUGUGGCAUCUAACUACAUUACAUAUUCUGACAACUGACUUAUAAUAGUGUCUCCACUGAGUAGAGCUAACCAGUUGAUAUGAUGUACAUUUUGUAAACAAUACAAAGCAAGAGUCUCCAUGAAGAUUACAAUACUACCCACUAUACACACACAAUUGCUAUUGUAGUAUUUGUACCA